UUAUAGUGGGACUGCGGCAGGCAUUCUGACACUUGGUGGGAACUGACUAACUGCCACUGACAUCCCAAAGACACUAAUACAGUGAUCAGUGCUAAUAAAAAGCACUGACACUGUACUAAUGACACUGGGCAGGAAGGGGUUAACAUCUGGGGUGAUCAAAGGGUUAACUGUGUGCUGUUUUACUGCAUGUGCUGUGUGUGUUUUACUAGGUAAACAUGAUGCUGUGUAUUUCUUUGCUGUGCAGAGGAAUACACAGCAGUAUAGAGGUCUCUCCCCUGUCAGUGUUACUCAUGAUCGCCGGGUGCCGGCGGGGAAUCUCAGUCCAGGACCCAGU